AUGUCUCUGAGCUGCUGGUCCUGGUUCCUCGCCUUCGCCUGGGUUUGGUGUCUGCCACUGAUGCUCAUGGCGGCCGAGGAGCAGCAAGGGGAUGGCUGCUUGGCCAAGUGUGGCAGCGUCACCAUCUCCCCCCCGUUCUGGCUCACUGAUUGGCAAACAGGAAGAUUAUGUGGUUCGCCUGGACCGCUGGACUUCGAGCUUACAUGCUAUAACGGCAGUUAUCCACUUCUUCCAAGCUCUGUGCCCAACAACGCCGGCUUUGCAAUCAUGGACAUAUCCUAUGAGGAACGCAGCUUGCGCGUCGUUGAUCUACGCAAGCUGCAACUAUUACACGACCCGCCCAACAUCUUCAACAGCUGCUUGCCGAUGUGGAACACCUCUGCCAAACUGGGCCGCCCGUUUAAGAUCUCCCCCGUCAACCUGGAACUCAUCUUGUACAACUGCACAGAGAAGGCCGCCGCGGCGGCACGCCUGGAUAAAGAACUGGUGCAGGCGAAGACGAUGAGGUGCGUGAACACAAGCAACACGUUUGUUCAUGCGGGGGUGCCAUACGACACCACCGGGACCUACUCUAGUUAUGCUUUGGAGGGCUGCGUUCCAAUCGUCUUGCCGGUGCUGCGCUUGCCAUCCGGCGAGACGAACACGAGCCACUACGAGCGGCUCAUCCAAAGUGGCUUCCUCCUGAAAUGGGAACUGCCCCCUCCUCUCCCUGCACCUGCACCUAGGAAUGAACCACCUCCCCCUCCAGGUAGUGAGAGGAGAGCGAAGAAGAUUAUACUAAUAGGUAUAACAUCAGCAGCUGCAACCUUUCUCUUUGCAUGUAUUUAUGUGCUCAUAUGGCAUAGAAAUGGGAAAGGACUAUGGUUUUUCCUUUGCAAGACUAGCAGUAAAACUGAAAAAAAAUACGAGGCCAUGAUAGUGUCAUAUGGAUCCCUAGCUCCAAAAAAAUACAUGUACUCAGAGGUAAUGAAGAUAACGUCUUCUCGCAACAAUCAGCUUGGAAAAGGUGGUUACGGUGUGGUUUUCAAAGGAAAACUACAUGAUGGUCGUCUGGUUGCAGUGAAAUUCUUGCAUGACUGCAAAGGAAAUGGAGAUGAGUUUGUGAAUGAGGUUAUGAGCAUUGGCAGGACCUCUCAUGUUAAUGUUGUUAGCUUAUUUGGGUUUUGUUUGGAGGGAUCAAAACGAGCUCUUAUAUAUGAGCACAUGCCCAAUGGUUCCUUGGAUAAGUACAUUUACUCAGGGAGCCCCAAAGAAAUUUUAGGAUGGGAGAGGCUCUAUGCGAUAGCAAUCGGGAUUGCUCGUGGCCUCGAAUACUUGCACUAUAGCUGUAAUACACGUAUCAUCCAUUUCGACAUCAAACCCCAAAAUAUACUUCUAGACAGGGAUUUUAGCCCAAAGAUUGCUGAUUUUGGUCUAGCUAAAUUGUGUCAUACAAAGGAGAGCAAGCUUUCAAUGACAGGAGCUAGAGGAACAAUUGGAUUCAUUGCACCAGAAGUUCACUCUCGAACCUUCGGGGUGGUUUCAACAAAGUCAGAUGUUUAUAGUUAUGGAAUGAUGCUGCUAGAGAUGGUUGGAGGGAGGAGAAAUGUAAGAUUAAUUGCUGCAAAAUCCAGUGAAAAGUAUUUCCCUGAUUGGAUCUAUGACCACUUUGUGCAAGAUGAUGGAUUAGAAGCAUGUGAAGUCACCAAUGAAAUAGAGGAGAUUGCGAGAAAGAUGAUCUUAAUUGGCUUGUGGUGUAUACAAGUAAUACCCUUGCAUCGUCCUACUAUAACAAAGGUUUUAGAAAUGUUUGAGAGAAGCUUAGAUGACUUGGAUAUGCCGCCGAAGCAGAACUUCUGUGAACUACUUGAAAGUUCAGCUCACAAUAUGGAUGUACAAAGUGGAAGUUCUACAAGAUCGGAGGAGACAAGCCUCGCGAAUUCCAAAAUCCUGCAACAACUGUGA